AUGGAAUUAGUGCGCCGCGAGUACUGCGUAGAACAGUACUUGCGUCAUAAUCCGUCGUAUAACGCUUCUGUCGCGAUCAUUGCUUUGUGUCGUGCUGCGGGUCUACAAAGCCGCGAGAGCGCACUCAUCCACGAUAAGUGCCAAUUUGUGAAAAUACAGAUGGCCGCACGUGGAACGUGGCAGGACUUCGGCCCGCCAUUUGUUAUUUCCGGAGACAUCGCCUGCCACAACGUGAAGGGAAGAGCCAGAGCGGCAGGACCUAAUGACACCCCGUCAUCGAAAAUCCGCAGUUUCGACGCAAUCAACAAAGCCAAGGAGCCAGAGAGAACCCUCACAUCCGUCAGGACGAGCGCAUUCCUGAAACAUCGCAGAUCAACGGCGGUAAUUGCAGAUUGGUUUAGUGACACUCCAAACGCUGACACUGCGAUUCUUCCGCACAUCAAAGAUUUAAUCAUGAACCCACCAUCGAACAAUAAAUAUGACGCUUUAAAAGAGCGUGUGUUAAACAUUUUCUCGGUGUCCCAGAACGUUAAACUGCGACAAUUACUAAAGGGACAGGUUCUCGGCGAUAAGAAACCGUCUCAUUUUUUAUUAGAACUUAAAAAUUUGGCUGGAGACCAAGUCACCGAUAGCAUCCUUAAAACGUUGUUCAUGGAACAGCUGCCGGAAAACUACCCCGCGAUGACGAGUUCGGGACCAGGAGAUACAUCGGCCCGCCGCACCCCUCAAUCGUCCUCCGUUGGCGGCGCCAACGGCGCAUCCGAGAUAUCGGUUUUAAAACAAUUAGUUCACGGCAUGAAUGCACUACUGCGCGAAAGAGAAUCCCGCGCACGUUUCAAGUCGCCCGGUCCGUCGUACCGUAAUGCAAAGAAACGUAAUAGACCUAACAGCACAGGCGCGGAAGUUUCGGUGUAUCCGGUGUCUUACACGAGUAAGAGAACUCCAGCCGCCUUAAAAUUGUACUCCGCAAAUAACUCACGCAUCGAUACUUACGGUGAAUUAUGUCUAACACUUAAUCUAGGUCUUCGCAGACCCAUUACAUGGAACUUUUGCGUCGCGAAUAUACCUUUCGCCAUAAUAGGCGCCGAUUUAUUAAAACAUUAUCGCCUAACAGUUAAUUUGCACGAAGGCACACUGACCGAUCAGUAUACUACUCUGUCCGUCAGAGGGAAGAUUAUAGUGACACCCGCGUUAAAAAUUUCCAUCAUUGACCGUUCAACUAAGUUUGCGCACAUUUUUGCGGAAUUCCCUGAAGUCACGGGAAUCGCACAAAAUCGCGCAUUUUCGCCGCGUGCGGUGAAUCAUCACUAUUGUUACUUCUGGCCCCCGGUCGCUGAACGCCCACGAAGAUUACCACCGGAUAAAUUAAAGGCAGCCAAAGCGGAAUUCGGACGCAUGGUCCAACUCGGUCUGUGCAGACCCUAUAGCAGCCCAUGGGCCAGCCCUAUUCAUAUGGUCCCGAAGAAAACGGGCGAAUGGAGGAUCUGUGGGGAUUACCGUCGUCUCAACGCAAUGACAGUCCUGGAUAAAUAUCCCAUACCGCAUUUGCAUGACUUUUCAGCAAACUUACAUAAAAAAAACAUUUUUUCUUCGUUAGAUUUAUUCAAAGCAUACAACCAAGUACCCAUCGCGGAAGAGGAUAUACCAAAAACCGCGGUGAUCACCCCGUUCGGGUUAUACGAAUUUACUGUGAUGACUUUCGGACUCUGUAACGCCGCACAGACGUUUCAGCGUUACUUGCACCAAGCACUAAAAGAUCUCGAUUUCGCAUUUUCAUACAUUGAUGAUAUUUUAAUCGCGUCCACGACCGUGGAUGAACACAAACAUCAUCUAUGCAUAGUCCUUACCAAACUCAAGGAAUAUGGCCUAUCUUUAAACUUGAGCAAGUGCGUUAUCGGCGUUGAGGAAUUAGUUUUCUUGGGACAUCACAUUAAUAAGUCCGGUUGCAAACCUACGACAGAGAAGGUCAGCGCAAUACAGAGGUUCCCUAAACCACAAUCAAUCGCAGACUUGCGCCGUUUCCUCGGCAUUCUCAACUUUUAUCGCAGUUACCUGCGCAACGCAGCGAGCAUUCAAGCACCUCUGCACACAUUCCUGAAAGGCUCGCGCAAAAAUGAUAAACGUGCUAUUCGGUGGACCAUCGAAGCGGAAACCGCAUUCGUGAAAUGCAAGGAUAGUUUAUCUAACACCGCGUUGCUGGCGCAUCCUUCGCCUAGCGCCGAAACGCGUUUGGUAGCCGAUGCUUCCGAUUUCGCAAUGGGAGCAGCUCUUGAACAGCGUUUUUCAAAUUGCCAGGAAAAUAUAAUAGCGGACAGCUUGUCACGAAUUCAAGCGCUGCGUUUACCAUGUGAAAUCGAAUUACUCGAACUGGCGGAACUCCAGAAGAACGAUCCGGAACUACCGCGCCUGCUUACGUCGACAACUACGUUAUUAAAAUUUAAAGAACUUAUAUUCGGCUCGGAUAACGCACACAUAUUUUGCGAAAUGUCAGGCGAAUCGUUCAGACCCUAUAUACCGGUUUCGUUGCGCAAAAAAGUAUUCGACAUGUUUCAUGCACCUGCCCAUCCUAGUGCUAAAGUCACAGAUCGAACUAUCUGUCAAAGAUACUUGGCCACACAUGCAUCGCGACAUUGCUAA